AUGCUUCCUUUGCUUGCAUUGCGCACUGCGUAUAACGCAGAUGAUGAUAACAUAUGGUUCCCAAUUCCAACGAAGUUAGGACUCUUACGUAUUGGAAUUGAUAAGAACGAUGCAGAAGAUGACGACAACUGGUAUGUUGGUCUCUCAUACCACUCACCAUGGGGAAAGUUCUCAAUCGGAUACCAUAGCAACGACGAAGAAGAUGAAGAUGACGAAAACAUCAGACUUUGGGCCGAUUUGGCUACAAAGAUUGGACGUUUCUCCUUCGAGUACCACAACUCCGCCGAAGAAGACGACGAAAACAUUCACUGGAUAUGGGGACCUGUUGAUUUCGAUCUCGAGCUCAAUGGUGACAAGAAGGUCGCACAGAAGAAGCCAGUCAGAAUCAACAAAGCUUUAUUAAAGCGCUGGUAUGAGAAGUAUGGACGCCGUGCUUUCCCACGCAUGUACAAGAAGCAUUCUUUACCAAAGUUUUCUUCCAAGAAACAACCUGCUUCAAAGAAUAUUGAUUCUUCCUUGAUUAAGCUUGUCUUGGAUCAAUACAAACCUGAAAAAGGGAAAAUUUAUUGGUAUUAA